GUGUAUUAGGUCCUGUUAUAUCCUAUAUGGCAUAGCAAAUAGGCACGGACAGGAUUUUUCAGCGCAUUGCUGAUAGCAAGGGUAGCCGCGAACAACCCGACGCACAUUAUACCUGCAUUGCUUUGUACUCGACCCAGCUCGACCUAGGAAAAUAUUGCGCUACAUUAGGAUAGAGGGCAUAGGUUCUCCUACCUGUGCCUCCGGCAAUGGCAACCGUCCUCUUCGUGGGGGGCGUCGGCCCUGAUGCGACACAAGAAGAAUUGCGCACGGCCUUUGAGCAGCGAGCGGCAGUUCAGAUACUAUCGUCAUCUAUAGUCCGUGUGCCAACCACUGACAAGUGCAUCGGCCACGCGUAUGUCACCGUCGCGACGGAGGAUUUGGAGAGGGCGUUGGCCUUGACACAGGUCGGAGAGAACAGAGUCUGCGUGUUCCCCUUGCUGGUGGAGGCCUGGCAGCAGGAGAUUAAUGAUGUGACUGCCGCUGCCUCCCCAGCCGCUGCCGCCGCCGCCGCCGCAGCAGCAGCAGCAGCAGCAGGUGCAGGGCCCAGUGCUGCCGCCGACUACCGCCCCCAGCAGCAGCAGCAGCAGCAGCAGCAGCAACCAACACCCCAGCCAGCCGCCAACGACUGGGCCCAGCCCCCCCGACCUCCGCCGGGCAGCUCCGCGGAUGCCGGGGGACUUGACUCGGGGGAGGCGGCGAACGGCGCCCCGCAUCCGGCGGCCCUUCCCACUCCCGCGCCCACUCCCACGCCCCCGCGUGCUCCCAGCCCCGCCACCGCUCCUGCCACCAGCGCCCUGCUGCAGCACCUGCACCUGCAGCAGCACCUACAGCAGCAGCAACAGCAGCAGUACCCGCAACACCUGCACCUGCAGCAGCAGCACCAGCAUGCUAGCGCAGCCGACUGGGGUGCAGGGGCGGGUGUAGGGGCGGGGCCAGGGGCGGGGGCGGGGCCAGGAGCGGGGGCGGGGUUACCACUGGGCGUUGCUGGCGGGGUUAGUGGUGGCGGCGGGCCCGGGGCAGGUGGUGGGGGCGGCCACCUGCUGCCCGCCACCGCCCCCUCCAACACGCACCUGCAGGCGGUGUUGGAGCAGCUGCGCCGCCAGCUGGAGUCCAACCCGCGUGCCGGGUACAACGGCAAACCCUUCUUCACACUGCUCAACGAGGCGUGUCAGAAGCGGCAGAUCAGCACUCCCGCGCCCACCGAGCACAGCGAGGGCGGGGUGUUCUGCUGCACCCUCAGCCUGGUGCGAGGGGGCAGCUGCGUGGGGUGUGGUCGCGGCUCGGGCGCCAGCAAGCGGGAUGCCAAGCACGCGGCGGCUGCAGCCUGUCUGGACGGCUUGCUGGGGUCGGGGCAGCUGCUAGCCUCCGAGUUGCUAGCUGCCAUGACCAGCCUCGCACCCUCGCCACCUCAGCCACCCUCACCCGCCCCCGCACCCGCAAGCAGCAGUACCAGCAACGGAGGCGGUGCCCCCCUGCCCCCGCAGCAGCAGCAACCCGCCACCACCGCCACCGCCUUCCCCAGCACCUCAGCUUUCCCAGCCGCUUCCCCCCUGCCCGCCCAGCCCUUGCCCUCCGCCUCCGCGCC